AUGUAUUCUCCAAACAACAAUGACGAACAAGGUAAUGAUGCAUUAAAUGCAGUUCAAUCACAAAUUAAUCAAAAAACAAACGAUUCAUUGGAAUCAACACGUCGUAUGAUUGGUUUCGUUGCCGAAUCUCAAGAAAUCGGUUCAAAUACAAUGGUAAUGCUUGAUGAACAAGGUGAAAAACUCAAGCGAAUUGAAACUGGUCUUGAUAAUAUUCAUGCUGGAAUGACUGAAGCUGAAAAAAAUUUAACUAAUUUACAAAAAUGUUGUGGCUUAUGUGUUCUACCAUGGCAACGUUUUCGUACACAUCAUCGACCAUAUUCAAAUAGUAGUACAGGAUUUAAUGGUGAAACAUCAUCACCUACAACUAAAGAACCUAAAUUACGUAUAGCUAGUGAUGAAGGAAUGCCUAAUGGUGGUUAUAUAAAUCGUAUUACAAAUGAUGAUCGUGAAACAGAAAUGGAUGAUAAUUUAACAUUAGUUAGUAGUUACCUUGGUAAUCUUAAAAAUAUGGCACUUGAUAUGGGUGAUACAAUAACCGAGCAAACUGAUCGAACUGAACGUAUUACAAAGAAAACUGAAGCUGGAAUGCAACGUGUUGAAGGUGCUAAUAAAAAAGCACAAUAUUUGAUUCGACAUGGUUAA